AUGGGAUUCAUGCGGCGAGGCAAACUUACGAGCGCGGCCAGGGCAGCCGUGGUGGCCCCAUUCAUCCUCGACUGUCUCCAUGUCCUCGUCCAUACAUAUCUGUCCUCUACUGUUGGUAAAUUGCUGUACUUACUCGUAGUGCCCGUGCGACUUGCGCCGAGCGCAUCACCGAAGACGCCGAGCCAUGUCCAGACCCCCAGAGCAAGACUCCAGAGCGGGAGGCCUCUUGCUUUUUUUUUGGCCUGUAUGUACGGUCGGAGCCCUCGUCGCACGACCGAGCCGGUGAUCCGGGCGAGGACCCCACGGGAUGGACGCUGGUUUGCUCCGUCGUCCUUGUUCCUCGAUGGCGCUGCCGCCGUGCAACCAGGGCGACAUGAGCCGUUCAUUCCGCUUACCCGCCCGCCCGCAACUCCCGGGUUUCCCUACGCACGCACGAAGUACUGUAAUACUGCGAGCGCAUGA